CGAAAGACUUGCAUAUGAUGGAUUCAGCAUGGGAGUACUUAGAUGAAGCAACCGCCUGGGCCUGGGUGCAUCACUGCGGCAGAUGCGGCGUUCCGCGUAUUCCGUGCGCUAGAGUACAUUGAACUGGGUUCUUUGAGGCAACCAUUACUCCCCAAGUGCAUUCGAGCUUAGGAGCGUCGCCCAACAUGCUCGACUAUCUUCGAACUCUCCCAACCUCUUACCUUGUCGGCGCUCUCGUCGGCCUCUUCAUCGCCUACCAAAUCUCCCUCUCGCUCCUCCUAAAUGCCAGGAUUCGCAAGCUCGGCGCGCGGGCGCCCGUCCGGCGCACAUAUCUGCCAUAUGGUCUUGACAUGGCUUACGAAGUCGUCAAACACGCACUGGCGGACAGAAAUUAUGAGCUGUGGUUAAAGAUGUUCGAUAAGUGGGCUUCGGGGAGGUAUACACUUGAGGCUGGCGUCGGCGAGCGGGUCAUACUGACGGCGGAGCCUGACAAUAUCAAAGCUAUUCUUGCGACGCAGUUCAAAGACUAUGGCAAAGGAGAACAGUUCCAUAAGGACUGGAUCCACUUUCUCGGGAACGGAAUCUUUGCCACGGAUGGUCAACUUUGGCAUAAUUCCCGCCAGCUGAUCCGUCCUCAGUUUAUCAAGGACCGUCUGAGCGACAUUCAUAUUUUUGAACAGCAUGUGCAGAUUCUCAUGAAGAAGAUUGAGCAGACUCCAGAGGUGGACAUGCUCGACUUGUUCUUUCGAUACACGCUGGAUGCUGCAACUCACUUUCUACUCGGCCAGAGCGUUGAGAGUCUGCACCAUCCGCAGACGGCGUUCGCGGAUGCAUUCUCUAAUGCGCAACGCGUCCAAGCACUGAUCGCGAGAGUCGGGCCUUUGAACUGGAUGAUCCCGCGAAAGCGAAUGGGCUUCUAUGAGUCUAUCAAGAUCGUCAACGAUUUCGUGAAUCAGUACAUUGAAAGAGCUCUUGCUCUUUCCCCCAAGGAGCUUGAGGAAAUGACCAAUCAUGACGAAGGGUACACCUUCCUGCACGCUAUCGCGGCUUACACUCGCGACCGGCAGACGCUUCGCGAUCAGCUUGUCUCCAUUCUCCUGGCCGGCCGGGACACUACGGCCUGCACUCUGACAUGGACCAUUUAUGAACUAUCCCUCCAGCCUCAUAUCGUCGCCACAUUGCGCCAAGAGAUCGUCGACCAUGUCGGCCUCGACCGGGCUCCGACGUACCAGGACUUGAAAGACAUGAAGUACCUUCAGCACAUCUUGAACGAGACGUUACGUCUCUAUCCUGUCGUCCCAUAUAACGUCCGCAUGGCGCUCAACGACACCACGCUCCCUACGGGCGGUGGUCCUGAUGGCACGCAACCAAUCGGUAUUUUAAAGGGCACACCGAUCGGCUACUCCACACUCGUCAUGCAGCGCCGCACUGAUCUCUAUCCACCCAUCGAAUCAGGCUUCCCUGCAGUCGACAAGUUUGUGCCUGAAAGGUGGGAUGGCUGGACACCGAGGAGCUGGACCUACGUCCCUUUCAACGGGGGACCGAGAAUCUGCAUCGGCCAGCAGUUCGCUCUGACAGAGAUGGGAUAUACGCUUGUGCGAUUGUUUCAGAAGUUCGAGACGGUGGAGAAUAGGAUGGGCGGGGAAUUUCCAGGCCUGCAUUCGGAUAUUGUUUUGCAGCCACGGAAGGAGGUAAAGGUCGCUUUUAGAUGAAGGGAAUGUGGGACAAGCUCCGCAGGAUAUCUUGUUACAUUGCUUUAUUGUGUACAGUCUCUUUUCGAGCUAAAUACUCUACUGAAAUGCUGAUCUGGAAAGACGUCCUCAU